UGUAGCUGGCCACGUGGAGUUCGAGUGUCUUGCAAGAAGUUUUGAAGAUGGACAAGCUAAGAGAUGGCUGGUUCUCGGAGGAGUGUGAUAUGUGGCCAGGGCAAAAGUUCAGCCUGGCUGUGAAAGAAGUGAUUCAUCAUGAGAAAUCUAAGUACCAAGACAUACUGAUCUUUCAGAGUGAAACGUAUGGGAGAGUGCUGGUGUUGGACGGUAUCAUACAGUGCACUGAGAGGGACGAGUUCUCCUAUCAGGAACCCAUUGCACACAUCCCGCUAUUCUCACAUCCAAAUCCAAAGAAAGUGUUGGUAGUUGGUGGUGGUGAUGGUGGGGUACUGAGAGAGGUGGCAAAGCAUUCUACAGUCGAGGAAAUUCAUCUCUGUGAAAUUGAUGAGUGUGUAAUUGAACUCAGUAAGAAGUAUCUACCACAACUAUCAGUCGGAUUUUCCAACCCGAAGGUCAAAGUUCAUAUGCAGGACGGUAACGUGUUUCUUAACAACCAUAAAGAUCAGUUUGAUGUGAUCAUUACUGAUUCCUCCGAUCCGAUUGGUCCAGCCAAAUGUUUGUUUGAGCGGCCCUACUAUGAGAAAAUCGAGGGUGCUCUUAAGGCCGAUGGAAUCAUGUGUGCCCAAGGUCAAUGUCUGUGGCUGGACCUGGAUGUCUUACAAGAGGUUGUCCUAGUGACCAAGAGCAUCUUCCCAGUGGUGGCGUAUGCUCAGUCCUCAGUACCAACCUACCCCACAGGGACUAUAGGCUAUCUCCUUGCCAGCAAAAACAAGGACACAGUGUUUGAGAGGCCUCUGAGGACACUGACUGAACAGGAGGCUGAAGACAUGAACCUCCAGUACUAUGACAGUAGUGUACACGUGGCUUCAUUUGAACUGCCAAGAUUUGCCAGAAAAGCACUGGGAAUCAGGGGAAUCAGACACAAGUGCUGACAUUAUUAAUUUAGGAGUGAACAGUGAACCUUUCUUUAUUUAAUCUGUUUUCCCCAUGCAAUCAUGUUUUCAAUAUUCAUUGACAAAAAGUAUCACUUAUACACCUCUA